UCUACUGAGAAAUUGUUCUGAAUUGAUAUCUCAAAGUUGGUGUUUCAGUAUCAAAUUCUGACUGGUUAGCUUUUCCUCCUCCUUAUCUCUUGCAGUCAAUACUCAAAGCAGCCAAUAAGCUCGUAUUCAUGAUUACAGAAAACCAGUACAUGGGAGGUCUUGAAGGUUCUAUUCCAGUUUUGGUUCAAGCUCUCAACUGGAUGGAAACUGCUGAAGAGAUUGAUGAUCUAUUUUUAGGUGAUGCAGAGGUAUGGAGGAGAUCAUCGAUAGGACAAGCUGGUCCAAUGGGGGGCGAUUUCCCUUUCAUUACAAGAGAAGGUCACAACGUUCUUGAUGUCAUCUUCACAUCUCCAAUACAAAGUCUUGCUGAAGUAGCUGAAAGUCUUGAUAAAGUUGAUGGCGUUGUUGAUCAUGGAGUUAUUUCCAAGUUCCCGUUAGUUCUCUUCUUGUCUCCCUCCAAACUCUUACCUGUUUCCUUAUAUUUGUUUUCUUGUGUACAAGGUUGUAACAACGCAGUUUAAAGCAAAAUCAUGCCAAUUUUUUCACAGCGUCCACUGUGGAAGAGUAGAUCUGUCUUAUUAAACCUGGCCCGGCCUGGUGAGUCAACUUGAUGACCCGCCGACCUAGGCUACG